AUGAUUACUGUAAAAGAUAUCGACGAAGAUAAAGUUAGUAAACUAGCAUUAAACAAAGCUGGUUUGGAUUUUAAAAUAGUUGGCAAAUUCCAACUAAGAUUGGCAAUUUUUGGCGUCCCUGUUGAAUUCGAAGCGGAGGACCUGAAAGAAGGCGUAUUGAAUGAACUUGAACUAGACCAGGACAAACUAACCAUCAAACACAAAUUCGGGCCAAAAGGCCAGCACUUUAAUCAUUGGGUCGUCGAAGUCUCUGCUAAAAAUAGAGCUACUCUGCUAACAAAUGAACGCGUUAUCGAUGCAAAUGAAGGUUUUAGUGUCGAUACCGAUAAGAAUUCUUGUGAUUCCGAUACUUUAAUAUGUAGCAAAGGUUCAGGUCACAAAAAAUAUCACUUUGAUACGAGGCAAAACGAAAUUCCUGGGACAUCAAGUGCUAGGAAUUUAGAUAGUCCAAGCAAAACAGAUGGUACAUCCCAAAAGGUCGAGAUGAUAUGCCAGUCGACGAUGAUGUUUAAAGAACAAAAUCCACCAGAAAAAGAAAAGUUAACCAGAAAGACUGAAAGAAAAAUAUAA